GAGAAUGCGUACACCAAUCUCGUUUUGUCUGAUGUGAAACAGUUUCAGAAUCAAUUAUACACUGAGAUAAGAGGAAGAAUCAAGGAGGAUGAUAUCACUGUGCCGAUUAGGAGAGGCGGGUAUUACUACUACAAGAGAACAUUAAAGGGGAAGGAGUAUGUGCAGCAUUGCAGGCGGUGUAUAAGAGAUGAUGGUGCCGCUUCUGUUUUUGAUGUCAUGUCCACUGGACCUGAAGCAUCCGAAGAACAUUUAAUCUUGGAUGAGAAUAUUAAGGCUGAAGGACGUGAUUACUACAGUAUCGGGGCUUUCAAAGUCAGCCCAAAUAACAAGUUGGUUGCCUAUGCAGAAGAUACUAAAGGUCAUGAGAUCUAUAAUGUCUAUAUUAUGGAUAUUGAGAAUGGGACUCUUUUAGGGAAGCCUUUAACUGGGAUAACAUCAUAUAUGGAGUGGGCUGGUGAUGACUCCCUAGUUUACAUAACAAUGGAUGAGAUCCUUCGACCCGACAAGGUUUGGCUUCACAAACUGGAGACUGAUCAAUCUAAUGAUCUUUGCCUGUACCAUGAAAAAGAUGACAUGUUUUCUCUUGAUAUUCAAGCCUCUGAAAGCAAGCAAUAUUUAUUUAUUGCUUCGGAAAGCAAAACAACACGGUUCCUUUUCUAUCUCGAAAAAUUGAAACUAGAAAGCGGUCUCAUGGCUUUGACGCCACGUGUUUCUGGCAUUGAUACAACAGCUAGUCAUUGUGGCAAUCAUUUCUUUAUAAAGAGGAGAAGUGAUGAGUUCUACAAUUCAGAGUUACUUGCUUGUCCAGUGGACAAUGUAACUGAAACUACAAUUCUGCUUCCUCACAGUGAAAGUGUGAAAUUACAGGAUUUUCAACUUUUCAAUGACCAUAUUGUUGUUUAUGAGCGGGAAAAUGGCUUGCCUAGUAUUACUGUAUAUAAUCUCCCACCCAUUGGUGAACCAAUUGGACGACUCCAGAAUGGUAGAACAGUUGAUUUUAUUGAUCCAGUAUAUUCAGUGGAUCCUGAAGAGUCACAAUUUUCUUCCACCAUUGUUCGAUAUUCAUAUAGCUCUCUGAGAACUCCUUGUUCUGUCUAUGACUAUGACAUGAAGACAGGCAUUUCUGUUUUGAAGAAGAUUAAAACGGUAUUAGGUGGUUUCGAUCCAUCAAGUUAUGUGACUGAAAGAAAAUGGGCAGUUGCUUCUGAUGGCACCCAAGUGCCUAUAUCAAUUUUCUAUAAGAAGGACCUUGUAAAGCUUGAUGGAUCGGAUCCAAUGCUUCUUUAUGGAUAUGGUUCAUAUGAGGUCUGCAUAGAUCCUAGCUUCAAGGCAUCAAGGUUGUCUUUGGUAGACAGGGGCUUUAUAUUUGCAAUAGCUCACAUUCGCGGUGGUGGUGAAAUGGGGAGACUGUGGUAUGAAAAUGGGAAGUUACUGAAGAAGAAAAACACUUUCACUGAUUUCAUUGCUUGUGCAGAAUACUUAAUAGAAAAUAAAUAUUGUUCAAAAGAAAAACUUUGCAUUAAUGGGAGGAGUGCAGGGGGAUUGUUGAUUGGUUCUGUCCUGAACAUGCGGCCUGAUUUAUUCAAGGUUGCUGUGGCUGGAGUUCCAUUUGUUGACGUUGUGACUACUAUGCUUGAUCCAAGCAUCCCACUGACUACUUCUGAGUGGGAGGAAUGGGGUGAUCCAAGGAAGGAGGAAUUCUAUUUCUAUAUGAAAUCAUAUUCUCCAGUUGAUAAUAUAAAAGCACAGCAUUAUCCUGACAUUCUUGUUACUGCUGGUUUGAAUGAUCCACGGGUGUUGUACUCGGAACCAGCUAAGUUUGUUGCCAAGUUGAGAGAACUGAAGACUGAUGACAAUAUUCUCCUGUUUAAGUGUGAACUUGGUGCUGGCCACUUCUCAAAAUCUGGAAGAUUUGAGAAACUAGAGGAGGAUGCUUUCACCUAUGCUUUCAUCCUCAAGGCAUUGAACAUGAUUCCACUUACAACGUCUUGAUCAACCAUGAAAAUAGCUUGGUAAAUAGCUAAUUAACACACAACAUUGUUUUUUUUUUUAUUUAUAUUACUAUUGUUUUGAUGUGUCAUUUGAGUAGCAGUUGGCUCGAUCCCAGAUUUUGGACGUGUAUUUCAGAAUUGAAAAUUUGGAAAAACUAGCAUGCAUUGAUUGAAUCAACAAGUUGGAUCCAGAGUGCUAACUUUUUUCUUUA